CGGGACUGUUGAUAACGUAGUUUUGACGUGCGCGCGAAACUCGACGGUUGUCGUUAUGGGUUCCGAGUUCCCCGUCGCGUUCGAUGGGAGAAGUUACGACUUACGACGGUUCCUGAGGGACCAUCCGGGAGGUGUGAACACCUUAGAGAGGUACAAGGGGAAGUCGAUAGCACAGGCUAUGAAGAUGUACGGACAUAGUAACAGUGCGUAUCACAUGCUAGGUGAUUUUAAAGUAGGAGAGCUGGGUGUACUAACAGGCGAUGUUAGUAGCAAUGGAAGGAUCAUAACGAAGGAAGAAGCGAAUCGGGAUGAAAAGGAAAUCGCACAUCUCGAGGAAUUAGAGAGCAGACUGGACUGGUCGAAGCCGAUCUUCUGUCAAUUGGGAGCGAUCGGGUCCGAUUAUGAUAAAUGGGUACACAGUGCUGUCUUCAGAGAUUGCAGGCUGUUUGCCAAUCCGAUUAUGGAGAGUAUGACGUACACACAAUGGUACUUAGUGCCCACGUUUUGGAUACCUAUUAUAAUUUACUUGAUGGUGACAACGUAUGGUGAAUAUGUUAACUGUGGAGGUGCCUGUGGAUCUGACAGACUUACGUCAUUGCAGUACUUACUACAUUUAAUGAGCGGAAUACUUAUUUGGACAAUUCUGGAAUAUUCACUGCACAGAUGGGUGUUCCAUUUCAGCCCUGGUUCUAAUCUCAUCUUGAUAAAGAUCCAUUUCCUUAUUCACGGAAUUCACCAUAAGGUUCCAUUCGAUGGCCUCAGGCAGGUGUUUCCGCCAAUUCCCGCUGCAUUACUUGCUUUUCUGUUGUACAAUAUACUCUACCCAUUUUUGUCUUACCCUAUCAUGAAAUUGAUUGGUGGCUUAAUAGGAUAUCUUAUCUACGACAUGAUUCAUUACUACGUGCACCACGGUUCGCCGAAAGACGGCACCUAUCUCUAUGCUAUGAAGAGAUAUCAUUCCAACCAUCACUUCGUUAACCAUGACAAAGCGUACGGCAUCAGUUCGAAAAUCUGGGAUCACGUUUUCAAGACGUUCGUACAAGUAAAAAAAUUAAGCUUUAGUUUACGUUGGUGA